ACAUGGGGCGACGACUCGCGGCCAUUGAGCAUUUUGUUUGGCCGAGUGUCUAUCCCCGAAAAUCAACCUUUUCCUGUCUCAACCUCUUUCUUGGUUGCUAAAUUUCAUUUUAAAUUUGCUUCUCAUCAUUCAAUCACUUAAUAAUAAUCAUCGCUCAUCAAAUCUUCACAUUGAAGAUGAGCAGCUCGGAAGAGGUGUCAUGGAUCUCAUGGUUUUGCGGACUCAGAGGCAAUGAAUUUUUCUGCGAGGUCGAUGAAGACUAUAUUCAAGACAAAUUCAACCUUACUGGGUUGAGUGAACAAGUUCCUCAUUAUCGACAGGCUUUAGACAUGAUCUUAGAUUUGGAGCCUGAUGAUGAUUUAGACGAUAAUCCUAACCAGUCAGAUUUGAUCGAACAAGCAGCAGAAAUGCUCUAUGGCCUCAUCCAUGCUCGCUACAUCUUGACAAAUCGUGGAAUAGCUCAAAUGAUUGAAAAAUAUCAGGCUGGUGAUUUUGGUUAUUGUCCUCGGGUAUAUUGUGAAUCACAGCAAAUGUUGCCACUGGGACUGAGUGAUGUUCCUGGUGAAGCCAUGGUAAAAAAUUACUGUCCCAAGUGCAUGGAUGUCUAUACACCAAAAAGCACACGACAUCAUCACAAUGACGGCGCCUAUUUUGGCACCGGAUUUCCGCAUAUGCUUUUCAUGGUUCACCCUGAAUAUCGACCUAAGCGAGCUGCAAAUCAAUUUGUUCCAAGAUUAUAUGGCUUUAAAAUUCAUCCGCUAGCAUAUCAAAUACAACAACAAUCGGCAGCAACAUUCAAGGCACCUUUACGUAGUACCAUCUAUAAUAACGGAAAACGUUAAAACUUAAUAUUAUGACCAAAAUUUAUUGUUCAAAAUAAAGUAAUUAUUUUUUAUA